AUGACUGUGGGCACUUUCCAUAACGAAAGCUGCGAUCUCAUCUUCACGGAUAUGGAUGCGUCCGACGACUCGGUCGCCGGAGGUGACGAGUUGGUGGACGUAGGAUACUGCCAGAGCAGCAUGCCUUCAGUAGGCGCAGACUGCUCAGACCGACAGGUGGCGGGAGUUGACCUCGAUUCGAAGGAUGAACAUGACAACUUUGAGAUACUGCAGUACCGGCUGAUGCAGGAGGAGGAGAAGUCCUGGGUCUUGAAUCAACAACUGGAAGAUGACCAAAUGGCUCACUCUCAGCUACGACAGCAGCUGGCGGCUCUGGAAGAUGAGCACCAGCGCUUGCAGACAGAGUACUCGGCAGUCACCGAACUGUUCGCAGAUAAAGAGCUGCGGAAACUCCGGUUGCUAGCCGAAGAAACUCUUAGUCAAGCUGACGCGAGAACGAGGGUCCUCCUUGCGGAGGGCGUGGCCGUCGUCUGCAUUCUUGCACGCAAGUGGAGGAGCCAGGAGCUCCAGGCGGAGUUCGAAAAGAACUCGCUUGAUCAUCUACAACUCGCGCGCCUCUCGCUGACACAGUGUGCCGAAGAUGCGACGGAGACCCGCGAAGAACCUCAUCUAGGGACAGGCACUUCGGGCGAGGAUAUGGUUGUGCCGGCGCUUCGCCCUACCGUGAAGGACGAGGGCGACGCCCGAGUGCGUGCUGCUGAGAAGACGAAUCUGUGUGAGGACAAGGACACACAUGUCGCUGCUCUCGUCGCCCCGGAAGCGAGCCUCCAAGUUCAGGUCGAGUGCGCAUCUAUACCGAACGCUGCAGGGGCGAAGCCUACUGCUCCGAACGCCGUCGCGUUGAAUGCUGGCAUGAGGAAGUCGCUCUCCACUCGGCAAGCUGACAGCUGGGCAGCCGGCUGUACGGAGCGGGUGGACGCCAGAUUGACUACGGGCUCCGGUAGCGUGAGUGCGCGGAAUCUGCUCACCAGCCGCCAGACGAUCGCGGCGGGGUCCCAAGCGUCCCCCAAUCCCUCCCGGACCGCGCGCUUGAACCCGGUGAACGAGAGUUCUCUCGCAGUCAGCAGCCGCCCGGCUCCGACGCGGGCGCCACUACGCCGCGUCGAGUCAGAACGGUUUUUCGCCCCAGCGGGUGGGAGGCGGACAGGCGCUGAAGCGACUCGGCAAGUUGCAGGGCGACGCGAAGCCGAGAAGAGAGCCGUGCUCAGCAGAACUCUCUCUUCGUGUCCGACGCCGCGCGCGAAUGAGGUGAAACGACCUCUAGCUGCGAAAGCGUGCGCAAGCGAGAACGUUGAAACGGCGGGAGCGACUCGUCCUCGAAUUCGGGGUUGCUUGUCGUUUAGCUCCGUUUGCAGUGGAAAGUCGGCUUCAACGCGAGGCUCUGGAGCUUUGUCCUUCAGAGGAGAGCGCAAGUCCACAACGAUAGAGAACUGCAAACAACCCGGUCUCGCGGUGGCGGCGGUUGCGAAAGCAAGGCAAAGCAGGGCCGCACUCGAGACAUCUAGAGGGAGAGCGACCGCACGCGGACAGCGGCAGGGGACGCAUUCUCGCGGCGCUGUGUGUGAGGGAAAUCGUGAAAGGCUCAAAGAGAGCCCAUUAGUGCCGACAGAAUCUUGUACUCCUGGCGGUUUGAACACGAUCGCCGACGGUGGAAACGCGGACCCAGCGGGAGAAAGCCGUGCGGAACUAGGCGAACUGGCAAGAGAUCGUGCAGUCGAAAUUUCUUCCAGUCUCCGACCCAACAGCAACGAGACGACCCUCGGCUUUCAUUCGGCCUGUGCGGGUGCCACGGUUGCCUCGACUGUCGAGGGAGAUCUCUGCACAUCUCUCCACACGCCGGGGGACGAUCUCAUUUGCCAGGUGAGGCCGCGCACGGGUAUGCCUGUCUCCAGUGGUCCCUGCAGCACACCGGGGGCUGCUGUGCCUCUCGUGCCUGAAGGCAGCUCAGCUCCCUUCAGUGGACUCGCGCCUGUGCCUCUCUUAGUGCCAGCCUCGCCAGGCAAGGGAGGUGCUCAGGGUUCAGCUGGCGCGGGAUUGCCAGACUCUGCGCACAUGCCUACUCCCGUCGCAAGCGCCGGUUCUACUUUGCCUCCUGGUAGGAGCAGUACUCUCGUGGAUAGCACAGUGCCGCGGGGGGCGUCGAAGCUGCCCCCUCUUCCCCCUAGCCAUACUGCAUCGAUGCAGCAAACUAGGCCGAGGAACGAGGCACGCGCGUCCGAUGAUGCAGACCCCAGGAAGAUGCGUGUUAGGCCCGUGCACGGAGGAGACGGUCAUCAGUCCUCAGCGGUGGUGGCACUGCGCACAGGAGCGCCGCCCACUGACGGCGAGCGAGCUGCAAGUAGCCAACUGGAGAAGAGAGCCUGCACGUCUUCCACUGCUCGUCUGAUUCCUUCGCCUUCGGGCCCUCGCACCGCUCCUGCGCAGGCGCGGAAAUCUGAGGAGCAGGAAAUCCCGCCGCAGCCGGAGAUGCUGAGCGCAAUCCAGGGCGGCCUAGCAGGGUCUGACAAGUCGCGCGCACAGCUCGUAAAGAUGGCGGGAGAACGUGGCGCAUCACACGAAGAUCUGGGAGAGCGCUCGUCGCGCAGUCACGGGAAAGCGGCCGUUGGAGAGUGGGACUUAGCACCUAGACCCUCCUCACAGGAGACCUGCCUGAUGUCAGGCCAUGGCGCUGGCGCACAGGAGGCGGUCGGAAGAGAGCCUCCAGUUGUAACCGCGGAUGCAGCAGAUUUCAGGGGGGCUAAAGCGCAGGCGCUUUUGAUCAGAAGAAGGUCGACGAGUCGAUCAGCAGGGCGAAUGGCGCAUUCGAUUAAACCGAAGAGGAAAACAACACUUAAGGACGGGGGGAACUGCACUGGCAAUGAGCAUCCGACGCCGAUUCUGGAUGGCAACUCUAUGGCGAAGGCGAGAUUGGCGGCAGGCCGAGCGUCGACAGCCUUCCUGGGCGUAAAGGGAGAUCCAUCACUGGACUGCGCUAGGACCGUCAUUGACCCGCAGAAUCGGCCUGCGUGCACCGCUGACUUAUUCUCCUCCUCUGCCCCUGCUGAGACUCUGGCUACUCUCUGCCGAACUUCGCGUCCCGGUACCGCACAAAGCGUUCCAGUCCUUUCUUGCCACCCGGACAGGUCUCUUGACGUCGCGCCCUGUGAGCAGCUGCGUAGCGAGCACGCCCUCGUAUGCCCCGGUCUCCUUGGGAACCCCAGUGGGUCGUGUCCGAAUGGCCCUAGCGCCGCCUCAGAGACCAGGGGUCCUCCAGUUCUGACUGAUGGAGGUGUCUCUCCAAUCGGGGGGCAGUGUGAGACCAGCAUGUCCACAGCCGCAGCGCUGAAGGCGAAGGCUUCGUCAGGUGCUGUGUGUAGUCAAAUACUCCCAUCCCGUGCCGCUCCGAACGUGGCUGCUCUCCAGCCCAUCGCUGGAGCCUAUCCGGUUGCCGGUGGCGGCGCUCUGGGAGCAGUCGCAAUCUCAAACAACAUGGAUCGCCGUGCUCCCGUUGCUCCCGGUAAAAACGAUUCUACGGGGACUGUCGUCGCUCUCACGUACGCUGGCAAGGCUGGAAUGGGGAGCACUUCAUUUGGAAGUCCCGCGUCUUCGGUCUACGCAUCUCGUCCGAAUCUCGAUGCAUCCGCAGGAACAGAAAUGAAGGCAGUCGCCAGAAGCGACGCUUCGCUCUGUCAUCCAAGCUGCAUGCCUCUUCAGGAAUUUAGUGCCUCUGUUGGUCGUCCAGGCGGCGUGCCAACCCCUGCUAGUCUGGCUCAUGCUGGUGCACAUGCCGCCGCAUUGGGAGGGCGUGAUGUGAUGGGCGCCUCGCAGUUAGCGUCUCCGAAGGAGUUACGUGGUCGCGGUUCAACGCUACGCCCGCUUCCGCAGCCAGGUGUCCCUGGCAGUGCGCCGGUUGUCCGCGACAGCGUAGGAUCGGCAGCCCGAAUCGCCGUUAUUCCAAACACCAUUCAUGUCGCCAGUGUUUUCGCUGGCCCCGAAAACGGCCCUGCGGGCGCCGUAAGAGUGACACAGUGCGGCAACGCAGGUGUGGCAGUCCCCAGGUUAAACAAAAAGGAACGUUCAUCGAUGCCGCUGUUUCAUGAAACUGCCCCAGUUCCUGCCGCGCCGACCGUCCAGCCGCUAGCUUGGCCUGUCGGGACUAGUGGCAGUUGCCCUCCACCGGUUCUCCAAAAUGCCUACGUUCGAUACACAGUUCCGGCGCGCGAGAGCGUAGAACAAGGGUCUGCGGGUUCGCCGCUGGCGGUGAAGUGUGCUCCCCUGAGGGGGUCGACGGGGGCUGCGGUGAAUGCUUCAUCGGCUGCGGUCCGGUGGGGACGUUCGGCUGACGGGCGCCUCCAUUCCGACUCCGCACAGCGCUCUCUGUCUUCCGAAUCCGAGCAGCCACUCCUCGGAGACAGGGCCUCGACUGUCUCGUCGACUGUGCGCUCACCGACGGAGUCUGGCUCCGCCAGCCACGGCGCAGUCCGUCUCUUCCCAGCGGAGAGCGGGGGCGGCCGUUUAGUGUAUCCUUUGGGCGCGGGAUGCUGGGCGAGGCGGGUGGCGCCGAACGAGACACGCCGCUCGGGGGGUUCAGGAUCGGCGGGUGGUUGGGGGGGGAAUCAGAGCGCGGCUGCGGGUGGCUUCACGCAAAGCGGAAGCCAAAGGCAAGCUACAGACUCACUGAACGGAGGCCCCUCGCAACUGCCAUUCCGCCGAAGCAUCCCGGCGGAGCCUGCAAGCGCAGCAGCAGCGCCGAUGCAGCCCGCGCGCCCGGGAUCGGUGGAGCACUGUCACGCGAACGCCGCGGCGCCGAAGGAGGGUGCGUCCGUCCACCAGCAACCCCUGCCGCAGUGGAUGCCGUAUCCCCAGCGUCUUAGCGAUCCGUGCCAUGCCACUCCCUGGUCGGCGACGCCGAUGCAGCACUUCCAGCCUCAGCCGGGCCUCCGCAUGCACGUUUCCCAGGCAGUGCCUCACGACAAGUUCCUCGCGGGCGGCCUCAGUCCAGUCCGCGCGACAUAUGCUCCAGUUUCGACUGCUGCUCAGCACGGGAUGUCAGGGCCGGUGCAAGGUGGCAGCUGCUAUAUCAUGUUCCACACGGGUCCGUACAAUCCAGGACAGAGCAUGCGUGCCUGCUUUCCAAGUAGCUAG